AUGGAACUAGCGGUAAAAAUUUGGAUGGAAACUAAGGAUGAAAUUAAGUGGAACAAAAACUUCCCGAUCGAUCAAAGAGUACCGAAUGGAAAUGGAGGAGAAAUUAAACAGGAUGGGAAGGCUCACAAAGGUGAACGUAAUGAGGAAGGAUCGAAUGGAAAUGUAAACAGCUUGAUAGGACGAAAUGGUUACGAAGGAUCGGACGGGAAUGAAUGUAAGGUCAAGUGGAAAGGAAACGUUCGUAGGGGUCUGGAACCAGAUGGAAAUGGAGGUGAAACCAUGACGGGUCAGAGUGAUGCGGAUGCAGGUGUAAGUGAAACCAAAUGGAAUGGAAACGGCUUUAGGGAUCAAGAUAAUAUUGAUGAACCGGAUAGGAACGGAGGUGAAAUCAAAAGGAACGCAAAUGUCAUAAAAGAUCGAAGUGGUAGUGAAGAACUGGAUGAAAAUGAUGCGAAAUGUGACAGAAACGUUCCUGGAAGUAGUGAUCAUGGUGAAAAAGUGGAUAAAAACGGCGAUGAGAUUGAAUGCAGCGGAAAGAAUCUGAGCGAAAAACCGGAUGGAAAUAAAGCUCAACAGAAUAAAGAUGCUACGAAACAUCAAAAACGCGACGAACCAAACAAUGGAUUCCCGCGGAAGACGAAAACUUUAGGGCUUCUUUGUCGAAAGUUUUUUUUAAAAGUGCUCGAAUAUAUUUUUUUCGGAGACAAUAAAAUCAAUCUUGAAACAAUUGCAUCUUCUAUGGAAGUUGAGAAGCGUCGAAUCUAUGAUGUUGUAAACGUCAUGGAAGCUCUUGGAGCUAUGAAAAAAUCACACAAAAGUUUCUAUACUUGGAAGGGCUUGGAUAAUUUGCCAUCUACUCUUCAUGCCCUCAAGAUAGAAGCAGACGAAGAAGGCAUAUAUGAAAAAGUUUUAAUGACACAGCAUAUAAUGACACGAUUUAUGGAAGUGCCUACUAGAAACGAAGAUGCUAAUAAUGCAUCUCCCAAUGAAGCUGGACCAUCGCAAAUACAUGAUGACAGUAGCCUUUCCACUACAGAAGAGUCAAAUUCCUCAGGAAAUAAUGAUAGCGGAUCUGGUUCAUCGAAAAAAUCUGGCUCAAAAAAGAAAGAGAACAAACGUCAACGUGGAUUGAAUUCGUUGACAUAUUUGUGCCGAUAUUUUUUCAAGAUCUUAAUUGUCGGAUUGGAUUAUCAACCUGACUACAAGGUGAGUUUGGACGUCGCAAGUACCAUACUAAUUAAAGAUCCCGAAAUUGAUGGUUGCAAACCACCGGAUCGAAGUCGAUGCCGACGCAUCUACGAUGUUGCAAAUGUCCUGAUUUCACUCCGACUAAUCGAGCGCAGAAUGUUCACUUUUGGAACGAAGAAAAUUCCACUCUUCGUCUACUGUGGUCCCAAGAUUAUUGAAAAUGGUCAAUUCGACUUCUUUCAUCACAUUCGCUUCAAUAAGCUGUCUGUAAAACUGAAAAAUUCUGAAGAAAAGAGGGCAUAUGAAGUGGAAGAAGAAAAUUUGGAAGCAUUUUUUCGCAAACAAGAGGAGGAAAAGAACAAAGCGGAAUCAUCCAACGACGUUGGCGAGCCAACAGAGAAACGAAGCCGAAUUGAAGAAACAGAUCCGAUUCAAGAAAGCGUAGAUUUUGAUAAGGAAAAUGUUUCAACAACUCUGAUUAAUCAGAUCAUUCCAUCACAGGGUCCUAUACCCGUACCAGCUAUACGUCCUCAACCACAGUUAAUUGUCCAAGAGCCAAGAUUUCCGCAAUUUGUGCCACCGCCAUUCUAUCCACAAGGAUUUUUGCCAUUCGAUCCAAGAAUGAUCCUUUUGAACAGCGGGAAUUUGCUUCAUAAUGUUAACUCACCACGGACUCUCAUCCAGCAAAAUAAUUUCAAUUACUUAUCCGUUCCCUAUCCGUUGUCAUCAAUACCUUUUUUCCAACAACCAUAUGGUGCAACAUUUGAUACUGCAAGUGCAUAUUAUGCUACUUCUACCAGUACUGGGAACAGUUUUAUUCAUCCAGAAAAUAUCCCAAGACCGUCAGCGUUUAACAUCGAUUCAAUAUUGGGUGCUAGAAAGAUUCGCGGAAGUAAUCAAGUGCCUGAUGAAAUGAGACUUGUUACUUCCACCAUCCAACAUCCUAAUCCAACAGGUCAAAAUUCACUGCUCUAUCAAUGUUCGUAA